GGGACACCUUGUAUAUCAAACUAUGCUUUUAGGAUCAGUCCAGUCAACUUUGUCCCUCCGGAUUUAUACCAUGUUUUACCAUAAACACGGGUUGCGGAACGCGUUCCAUAACUCCAUCGAAUACAAACAAUGGAUAUGCCGAUGCUGGAGCAUAUCCAUGGCAGGCAUAUUUAAGAAACACUACUCAUUCCUUUGCCGGAAGUGGAGUUCUCAUUGAUAGUUAUCAUGUCAUAACUGCUGCUCAUAAAGUUGUUCAAAACGUGGUUACACCAUCAGCUAUAACAGUUUUAAUGGGAGUGUGGAAUCCAUCUUUAACAAUUAACACUGUAUCCAGUACAGUGGCUAAAAUUGAGGUGCAUCCCUUCUUUAAUCCACUUACAUUAAAAAACGAUAUAGCUGUCUUAAGACUGGUAACACCGAUGACACGUUCUGCUUAUAUUAACACAGCUUGUAUGCCCCUAUCUGGAUCAACAUCUGCCACAUUUGUGGGCCAACGAUGUGUGGUGUCUGGUUGGGGCCAAACUUCAUUCUUUAUAAACAAUGCCCCAACAAACUUAAUGAAACAAGUUUUCGUUAACGUAGUAGAUUAUACAACUUGCAGAACAUCUUUUAGUGCAGCCAACUUACUAAGCACAAAUGUUGACACAUACUUGGAUGGCAACGGAGAAAUUUGUGCUGGAGGUGAAUCUCAAAAAGACGCUUGUUCUCAAGAUGGCGGUUCGCCUUUGGUAUGUCAGGAUACUUCUGGGGUGUAUAGAGUUGCAGGGUUGGUGAUAUGGGGUAAAAACUGUGGCCAGCCUGGUGUCUAUGGGGUCUACGUUAGUAUUCCCGCCUAUUACAAUUGGAUUGAAACUAAAAUUCAAACUUUAAAUGCCGAAUUCGGAUAAAAAUAUUUUUAAUAUUUAUGCGUUAUUAACUUUUUUUGGGACAUUGUUGUAUAUUGUACAGGAUUUCUUGCAUAAAAAUUAAAAACAAAUAUUCUAUAAACUAGUUUUCAAAAACUCUUUGUUUCCAAAAUACAGAUCCCGAUUUUCUUUAAUCUUUGAGUUUGUUUAUAAAAUAAUGUUUGGCUGUUGAUAUUUAUUCUGGUGGCGUCCUGGGGGCAUCGCAUCUGGGACUUUUAGGAAGAAAUAUGACACGCCAAUGAUUUUAGUUUUUCUUGAUAUUUGUUUCUAAUAAAAAAAUUAAAUAACUUUCUUUAUUUCUAUACUGUUUUAGGCAUCUCGUUUCGUUUGUAAGAAAAAAAGUUUUGAAACAUGCUCAAAAUGUUAGAAUAGUUAAAAAUGUAAAAUAA